CGCCCGACCCGGGCCUGCGCCGGAGCCCACGCCAAGCUCCGCGGCUCCUCGCCCGCCAGGGCGGCCCUGAGCCAGUUGUCACUGAGGCAGCGUGCCUCACAUUCUCCGCUGCCCGGCCAGGCGGGCUCUGGCGUUGCCUGGCUCCCGCUCGCUCACCCGCUCCCUCCUUUGCGCCUGAGUCACCGCCGCCGCCAUGGCCGAGAAUGGUGAAAGCGGCGGCCCUCCGAGUUCCCAGGACAACGCCGCCGCGGCCGAAGGUGCCGGCGCACCCGCCGCCAGCGCCUCCACGGAACCCAAGAUCAUGAAAGUCACCGUGAAGACCCCGAAGGAGAAGGAGGAGUUCGCAGUGCCCGAGAACAGCUCUGUCCAGCAGUUCAAGGAGGAAAUCUCUAAACGUUUCAAAUCACAUACCGACCAACUUGUGUUGAUAUUUGCUGGAAAAAUUUUAAAAGAUCAAGAUACUUUGAGUCAGCAUGGAAUUCACGAUGGACUUACUGUUCACCUUGUCAUCAAAACACAAAACAGGCCUCAGGAUCAUUCAGCUCAACAAACGAAUGCCAGUGGAACCAGUGCUACCACAUCAUCGGCUCCUAGUAGUAACUCCACAUCUGGUUCUGCCACUAGCACCCCUUUUGGUUUAGGUGGCCUUGGAGGACUUGCAGGUCUGAGUAGCUUGGGUUUGAAUACUACCAACUUCUCUGAACUACAGAGCCAGAUGCAGCGGCAACUUAUGUCCAAUCCUGAAAUGAUGGUCCAGAUCAUGGAGAAUCCCUUUGUCCAGAGCAUGCUUUCAAAUCCUGACCUGAUGAGGCAGUUAAUUAUGGCCAAUCCACAAAUGCAACAGUUGAUACAGAGAAAUCCAGAAAUUAGUCAUAUGCUAAAUAAUCCAGAUAUUAUGAGACAAACUUUGGAGCUUGCUAGGAAUCCAGCAAUGAUGCAGGAAAUGAUGAGAAACCAGGACCGAGCCUUGAGCAACCUGGAGAGCAUCCCAGGGGGAUACAACGCUUUGCGGCGCAUGUACACGGAUAUUCAGGAGCCCAUGCUGAGCGCCGCCCAAGAGCAGUUUGGUGGUAAUCCGUUUGCUUCGUUGGUGAGCAAUACGUCAUCGGGUGAAGGUAGUCAGCCUUCCCGUACAGAAAAUAGAGAUCCGUUACCCAAUCCCUGGGCUCCGCAGGCUUCUCAGAGCUCAUCCGCUUCCGGUGGCACCGCCAGCGCGGCGGGGGGCACCAGUGGCGGUGCUGCCAGUGGGACUGCUGGGCAGAGCUCUGCGCCAAAUCUGGGGCCUGGAGUAGGAGCUAGUAUGUUCAAUACACCAGGAAUGCAGAGCUUGUUGCAGCAAAUAACUGAAAACCCACAACUUAUGCAAAACAUGUUGUCGGCCCCCUACAUGAGAAGCAUGAUGCAGUCACUCAGCCAGAACCCUGACCUUGCUGCACAGAUGAUGCUGAAUAAUCCCCUAUUUGCUGGAAAUCCUCAGCUUCAAGAACAAAUGAGACAACAGCUCCCAACUUUCCUUCAACAAAUGCAGAAUCCUGAUACGUUAUCGGCAAUGUCAAACCCUCGAGCAAUGCAGGCCUUGUUACAGAUUCAGCAGGGUUUACAGACCUUAGCAACUGAAGCCCCCGGCCUCAUCCCAGGGUUUACUCCUGGCCUGGGGGCAUUAGGAAGUACUGGAGGCUCUUCAGGAACCAAUGGCUCUACUUCUGCAUCUAGCGAAAACCCAAGUCCCACAGUUGGAACCACCGAACCUGGACACCAGCAGUUUAUCCAACAAAUGCUGCAGGCUCUUGCUGGAGUGAAUCCUCAGCUACAGAAUCCAGAAGUUAGAUUUCAGCAGCAACUGGAACAGCUCAGUGCAAUGGGAUUUUUGAACCGUGAAGCAAACUUGCAAGCGCUAAUAGCCACAGGAGGUGAUAUCAAUGCGGCUAUUGAAAGGUUACUGGGCUCUCAGCCAUCAUAGCAGCAUUUCUGUAUCUUGAAAAAAAUGUAAUUUAUUUUUGAUAACGGCUCUUAAAUCUUUAAAAUACCCGCUUUAUUUCAUUUUGACUCUUGGAAUUCUGUGCUGUUAUAAACAAACCCAAUAUAUGAUACAUUUUAAGGUGGAGUGCAGUAAGAUGUGUGGGUUUCACUGUGUUUGUUUGUUUUUUGUUUUCCUGGAACAGUGGGAAUCAAUGCUUUUUCAUUUAAGGCUACUGCAUGCGUCAAACACUUAUGCGUUUAUUGUAAUUUUUAAAAAACAUAUCACCUUUUAUAGUUGGGUGAACAGAUUUUUGUCCUGCAUCUGUCCAGUUUAUUUGCUUUUUAAACAUUAGUCUCUGGUAGUAAUUUAUGUAGAAUAAAAGCAUUAAAAGAAGCAAAUCAUUUGCGCUUUAUAAUUUGUGAUACAACAUUGCUUAUCGUGACUUUGGCAUGUAUUUUUGCAAACAAAAAUGCUGUAAGAUUUAUACUACUGACAAUUUUUGCUUUAUUUGUAUACAGUGUAUGUAUGCACAUUUGGGACACCAUCUCUAGAAACAUACUACAGUAGAUCAUCUGAGCAAAACAUCUGUAAUGGGAAAAAUAAAGAUAAGGAAAUACUUCAAAGCGGAGUAUUUCUUAAUUUGUGUAGAAUCUUACAGCAUCUUUGAUAAACAUCUCAGCAAAAGUACUGGUUAGUGAGGCUUGUUGAAAAUACAGUAGAAAAACUGAUUCUGGUUGUCUCUUUAAAAAGGACGUAUUAAUUGUACAGACAAGAUGAUGUAACAUUGUCUCAGCAUUCACAGAUUGACUGUAAAUUACCUUAAUCUUUGUGCAGACUGAAGGAGCACUGUAGUAUAACCCCAAAGUGCAUUUGCCUAGGACUUUCAGCUUCUCCCAUAGGUAGUUUAACAGGCAUUACAAUUCGUAAUUGAAAUGUUGCUUUCACUGAAAGUGUCUUGAUGUUUCAGUUAUUUUUAAUCGCCAUAUAAAAAUAGAACUAUCUUCUGGGUUUAUCAGUUUUCUCAUGCACAGGCAAUACACGAAUUUAAAAUGAUUUGUGAGCCACUUGUUUCUGAAGUGUUUUGGUAGUUCUAUUAAGAAAUAGUUAAAUAUUGUGCUUUUCAGAGCCUGAGAGAAGGGGAAUUUUGGGGGUGGGGUGGGGUUCUGUCCUGGAUUGGGCCAGCCUAAAUAAUACUGGCAACCAAGAUUCUGUUAGGAUUUCUGUGCAUAUAGUGUAGUAAAGAAGUAUCAUUCAGGGGUGAAAACAAAGAGCCGUUUUAACAAUGUUGAGUACAUUUGGCUGUUCUACAGCUUUUUUCUUCCCUCCCCAAGGAAAUUCUGUUUGCCUAACUCUCAAACUAUUGGGGUGGUACAUUCCUUUAGGACCAAUUAAAACCUAACUUUGGGGUCAGUAACAUAUUUAGCUGACUCUGGUUCAGUAUUCUCUUAGGUCAUUAUAUUCUCUCAUGUACAGUUAAGGGAAAUUAAAAUGUUAAAGUAACUAAAAUUAAUUCAGACCAGUAAAAUCAAGGGAAAAUACAAGUUGAAUUCCAUUACUUCUGUCAGUUGCUUGCUAUUAAAAAAGGUAAAGAGGCAGGUUGCCCACCAUUUCGUGCACUGUUUUGACACUGUCCCCUGGAAUAAAACAGGUACAAAGGUUAAUUAAGAUGGAGGCAUGACUAAGAGGAACUUGUCAAGGAUGAUCUUUGUGUGUCUGCUCUCUCUGCCUUAUGCCUCAGUAUGGUUUUAAAACUUUUGUACUAGCGAUUGGUGGUAUGGUAUACAGUGUGGGGUAGUGUCAUAACCAGUUUGACAAUUUAUUAAUCACAAAAUAACAAUAAAUCUCUAGCUUUUA